CCGGGAUAACGUGUCACGUGGCCGCAUAUCCUUUUGAAAGGCGAUCCAAAACAGCGGAACGUCUGAGCAAAUCUGUCAAUAAUUUUCGUUCGGAAAACGAUCAUUGACGUUGGUUCACAAUUCAAAGUUUGACAUUUAUCUGGAUGAAUGACCUUUGACCUCCGAGAUGGCCGAAGACACAGAAUACCUGAAGUUACCCAUUGACGAGCAGUGCGUCCACAAGUUAUGGAAAGCCCGGUUGCACGGCUACGAAGAAGCGGCCAAGAUCUUCGGCCGCGUCACCGACGAGAAGAGCCCCGAGUUCUCCAAGUACGCCGGCCUGCUCAAGAAGUUUGUGACCGAUUCCAACGCCGUGGCCCAGGAGAAGGGGCUGGACGCCGUGCUGGCGUUUCUGGCGAAGGCGGCCUUGGCACCCAGGACGUGUGGCGAGGUCGUUUCAGCCGUAGUCCUCAAGUGUCUGAACUCCCCAAGGACCAAGACUAAAGAAAAAGGAUCCGAGAUCAUCAUGGUGUACAUUGAACUGGAGAAACAAGAAAUAGUCACGGAGGAACUUAUAAAAGGUUUCACCAACAAACAGCCCAAGAUUGUAGCGGCCUGCUGCCGCAUUAUCCGGGAGGCCAUCCGCGACUUUGGGUCAAAGGUUAUUGCGCUCAAACCAGUCGUCAGAUCGUUCACGAAACUUCUGGAGCACAGCGACAAGUCCGUCCGCGAGGAAGCCAAAUUGCUAGCCGUGGAGUUGUACAGAUGGAUCAACAACGCUCUGAAACCGUUAUUAUCCAACAUCAAACCUGUACAGCUCAAGGAAUUGGAGGAGGAAUUUGAGAAGCUUCCCAACAAGCCUCCCAAGCAGACGCGCUUCCUCAAGUCCCAGCAGGACCUCAAGGCAGCGGCCGAGGCAGCCGGAGACGAGGAGGAAGAAGAGGACGAAGAUGAUGAUGAUGUAGCUGAUGCAGGGCCCGCCAUUGACCCCUACGAUCUCCUGACGGCUGUGGACAUCCUCAGCAAGAUGCCCAAAGACUUCUACGACAACAUGGAAGAGAAGAAGUGGCAGAUACGCAAGGAGGCCCUAGAGAACCUUCUCCCCUUGGUGUCCAACCCCAAGAUUGAGCCUGGCGACUUUGGGGAUCUCGUACGAACACUGAAGAAGACUGUGGCCAAGGACAACAAUGUCAUGAUCGUAGCGCUCGCUGCGAAGUGCCUGACCAGCCUAGCCAACGGCAUCAGAAAGAAGUUCUCACCCUACGCUGCAAGUUGUAUGUCCACAAUACUGGAGAAGUUCAAAGAGAAGAAAAUUGCCGUGGUAACAGCCCUUCGAGACGCCUCCGAUGCCAUCUUCCCAUCGACGUCUCUACAGAAUAUCCUGGAUGACCUCACAGCCGCCCUGGAGAACAAGAAUCCCUCCAUCCGGGCCGAGACCGCCUUUUUCCUGAGCCGAGCGUUCCGGAUAUGCACCGUGUCCAUGCUGCCCAAAGCCGUUCUCAAACCGCUCUGUAUCCUCCUAGUCAAGAAACUCGCUGACACGUUCCCAGACGUUCGCGACGGAGCCUCGUUGGCGCUGGCCACUGCCCAGAAGGUCGUCGGAGAGAAGCCCAUGAUCCCCUUCCUAUCUGACUUGGACAAACUCAAAAUGGACAAGAUCAACGAAUGCGCCGAGAAGGUGGAGCUGAACAACGGCACCGCACCCAAGAAGGCCAAGCCCAAGCCGGAGAAGAAACAGGAGCCCAAGAAAGAGGCUGCCGCCGCCAAGGCCCCGCCUCCCAAGAAGGCCGGUACCAGACCAAAAUCAGCAAGUGCAAAGCCCACAGGGAAGCCAGCUGCAAAGAAAGGGGCAAAGAAGAAACCCUCCCCGGCCGAUAGUGCUGAAGACAUGAUGAAGUCGGAGCCGCUGCUCUCGGAUGAGGAUGUUCUUGAGAAAGCAAAGGUGGCGUUGUCGGCACCCAUCAUACAGCAGUUGGAAAGCGCCAACUGGAAAGAAAGACUAGCAGCCAUGGAGGAAUUUACAACGAAAAUCCACAACAUGGACAAAGAGAGUAUGGACACGCAGGUAUUCAUCCGAAUCAUAUGCAGAAAACCGGGCUGGAAGGAAGUCAAUUUUCAGGUGCUGAACGCUAAGAUCAGCAUGGUUCGCAUCCUGGCCGAGAAGGCGCCCUUCUCCCGCCGGACGGCCAGCUGCGUCAUCCCCGGCCUGGUGGACAAGAUUGGUGACAUCAAGUCAGGGUCAAAGGUCAAGGAGUCCAUGACGGCCGUGGCCGAGGCCACCCAGCUCGGGUACAUCGCGGACGAGAUGGUGUGUUACGCAUUCAACGAGCAGAAGAACCCCAAGAACCAGGCCGAGACAAUCAACUGGCUGGCCCAAGCGAUCCAAGAAUUCGGCUUUACAACUCUGAACGUGAAGCCUCUGAUCCCAUUCAUCAAGAAGGCCCUGGCGGCUGUCAAUCCCCAGGUCCGGACUGCUGGCAUCGCCCUGAUGGGUGUCAUGUACAUGUACAUGGGCGGGGUACUACGCACGCUGUUUGAGAGCGAGAAACCCGCGCUGCUGGCCCAGAUCGACUCCGAGUUCGAAAAGGUGGCAGGCAACCAGCCACCAGCCCCCUUCAGGGGACUGAAGUCGAAGGUGCCAGGCGCUGUUGGCGAGGACGAAGAUGAAGACGAAGAUGAAGAAGUUAACGAGGACGCACCAGGAGGCGGAGGAGGAGGAGGGAUGAACCUGGCGGACCUGGUCGAGAGAACGGACAUCUCGGGGCAGAUCACCCCGGGACUGAUCGAGGAGCUGGGAGACCAGAAAUGGAAGAUUAGAGGAGAGGCUUUGGAAAAGGUUGCAACGAUUCUGGCCGAGGCAAAGCACAUCACGCCAAGUUUAGGAGAGCUCGCUGGAGCACUCAAGGCACGGCUAGGAGAUUCCAACAAACUAUUGCAAACGGCCACAGCCAACAUCUGUGCCACAAUAGCCAGCGCCAUGGGUCCCCCAGUCAAAGCCUACGUCACACGUCUGGUACCCGGACUGUUCCUCCUCACUGCAGACAUGAAGACGGCUGUGAGGGCAGCAGCCGUUGCCGCACUCAACGCCUUUGAGGAGCACGUGGGCCUGGCGCCGUUCAUCGAGGACGAGAUACUGAGCACUGCGCUCAACGUGGACAAGCCGUUCCUCAGGAUGGAGAUAUUCGGCUGGUUGGCUGAGAAGCUAGCCAAGUACCGCACCCUACCCCCUGACCUGGCCCUGUCGGUCCAUGUCCUGUUUGCCGCCUUGGAGGACCGGAGCGGUGACGUCCGCAAGCAGGCCCAGGCUGCCCUGCCGCUCUUCAUGAUGCACCUGGACUACAAUAAGAUGGUCAAGAUGACCGGCAAACUCAAGCCAACAUCCAAGACGAACAUCUGCGGCAUCAUGGAAAAGGCGAGACCAAAUAUCCCGGAAAAACCCGGAAAACCGGCCGGCUCGGGGAAAGCCGUCAAGAAGAAGAAGAAGGCCGUGGAAGAGGCGUCUCCUGUCUCGGAAGAGGAACCAGAAAAACCAAAGGGAAAACGACCAAAGAGCGCACCGGCAAAGCCUGAUACGAGUUCAGUCAGUAGCUCUUCCUCCAACGAACCAGUAACAAGCAGUGCUCCGAGUGCCUCCAGCACUGGAGCAAAGAAAAGCAAACAAGCAGCCCCAGCAGGGUCAAAGGGCAAGAGUGGCAAGUCGACCAAGCGAGGCAAGGGGGAUGAGGAGGACACGGGCCCGGUGCUGAUCAUGAACAGCGGCAAGGACAAGAGAAUCAGAGACGAGCAGGAUCUCAAGGUCCUGAAGUGGAAUUUCACGACGCCCAGAGGAGAGUACAUCGAGCAACUCAAGGACCAGAUGCAGGCCUGCGUCAGUAGGCCCAUGAUAGCACAUCUCUUCCAUGCAGAUUUCAAGUAUCACAUACAGGCCCUCAACACGCUCACUGAGAAUUUGGACCUCUACAAGGAGGCCACCAUGGCUUCCCUGGAUGUCCUCCUCAAGUACGUUACCAUCCGCUUCUUUGACACCAACACCAGCGUCAUCCUCAAGGUCCUGCAGUACCUCAAGGCCGUCUUCACCUACAUGGCGGAGGAAGACCUCAGCCUGCGGGAACACGAGGCCUCCUCCUUCAUUCCCUACCUGAUCUCAAAGGUCGGGGACAACAAGGAGAACAUCCGUAAGGACGUGCGGGCCGUCAUGCGUCUCCUGACCAAAGUCUAUCCGUCCAGCAAGAUGUUUGGAUUCAUCAUGGACGGCCUCAAGUCCAAAAACUCACGUCAGAGAACAGAGUGUCUAGAGGAACUGGGCUGCCUGAUAGAGCUGUACGGCAUCAACGUCUGCCAGCCCUCGCCCCCUAAGGCCAUGAAGGAGAUCGCUGGCCAGAUUGCCGACCGAGACAACAGCGUGCGCUCUGCUGCCCUCAACACCCUGGUUUUGGGCUACCAGACCGUGGGAGAGGACAUCUACAAGUUUGUGGGCCACUUGCACGACAAGGACAUGGGUAUGCUUGAGGAGCGUAUCAAGCGUUCAGCUAAGAAGAACUCGGCCGCACCACCUGCCAAGACAGCCCCGGCUGCCCAGCAGAAGGACGACAAGAACUCCAGACCGGAUCCCAAGAAAUCGGGACUCCCCCCUGGAUGGAGGGAUCAGUACAGGAACCCUGGCAAAUCGCAGCGGCCGGGUACAGCGCCCUCGGGUGUCCGCAACGGGCCAGGCGGCAGCCACUGCCCCAAGACGUUCUCCUUAGACCUGGACAAGCUGGGCUUGGAGCGCAGCGAGAGCGAGCCCGAGAUGCCCACGCUGCAGGACACCAACGUGGACGAGAUUCUGGCCGAACCCAUCGUCAUGCCCAAGAGAAAGGUUCAGAAGUCGCCCCUGCCCACCAUCAUGCAAUUGAAUUUCAUGAUCUCCCAAGUUGCCAGCAACGACCUGUCUGUCAGCAUCAAAUCCUUAGCUAAGCUUGAUGAAGUCCUGAAGGAGCCGGAACGCAACAAGAUCCUGAAGGACCACGUGGACCAGCUGCUGGUGGCUACCUCCUUACAGCUACGCAUGGCCUUCAGCAAGCACAUGGGGGACGUCUCCACUUCCCAGGAUGUGGUCUUGAUGUGCCGCUGCAUGGUGGCUCUGCUCAUGUCGUUAUUCCACAGUCGACCCUUAGCCCAGGAAGCCUCCAAGGAUGUUCUGUGCGAUCUCCUCAACGGUCUGGUCACGGUCCUGCUGGACGACCGGCUCAUGGCGCUUGAAGGAGGCCCUCAAGUGAUGAGAUCAGUCAAUGUUUUGCUGGUCAAGGUCGUGGAGAACGCCGACCAUAGUAACACAAUGGGUGCUCUGAUCAAGCUGUUGCAAGACUGCGCAGCCCGAGAAAGCAGUGCCCCCAAGUUUGUGCAACUUGUAAUGAAGUGCCUGUGGCGAAUGGUGCGCAUGAUGCCCAACAUUAUCGACACACUGAAGGUGGACCGAGUCCUGCUGGAUCUGCACCAGUUCCUCAAGGCGUUCCCCUCUCACAGCUGGCGGGACCGGCCCAGCGACACCCCGCUGCGGACCGUCAAGACCAUCUUACACUCUAUGGCUAAGAUCCACGGUGAAAAGAUUUUGAGCUACCAGAAUCUGAUCACGGAUCCGGAGAGUUCCGAGAUGGACGGCUACCUGAAGAGGGUGCUGAGAAGCAACAGAUUAUCCCAGGGUAGCAUGUCAUCGGAGCCAGUCAAUGGAUCAGCCGAGCAAGAGAGAGGAAACAUACAGAACGGAGCCAAGACGUCGCCCCGCAGAGCGCCCGCAAGAACCAACGAUAUCUUAGCAGAAAUCUUCAAGAAAGUCGGCUCCAAAGAAAACACACGAGAGGGUUUGGCCGAGUUGUACGACUUCAAGCAGAAGUACCCCGACGUUGACAUCGACCCGUUCCUCAAGAAGACAUCGCAGAUAUUCCAGAGCUACAUCGAGCGUGGACUGAAGAGUAUCGCCAUGGAGAGACAGGAGAAAGGCGCCGUUACAGCGCCGACGGUUCCUAAGCCACAGAACAAUGAAGAAGCUGAGUCUACGAGUCCCGCCAUCUCGCCGUCAGAGGAAGAUUUCACGUCCGCCAACGUUCUCAGGGAACGCAUCAAGGUCCUGAGGGCUCGCUGCGGAUUAGACAACGGGCCGGACGUACCGGAGAACCUGCCCGCGGGAAUGGAGAAGACGGAAACGUCGCGAGCCAGCAUGGAAGAUCCCCUGCUGCACACUGAGCAUCACACCUCAUCCCACCAUCAUCAAACUAACGAGCGCACGGGAAGGCAUCUGUAUAAUCCAGAACGAAUUUCGUUGGGUUCCAGUUCCUCUUCAGUGCCGGCGAAUCCGGCCCCGUCGAUGUCGGAUGCAAACAUGGAGGACUUAAAGAAGAGACUACAGCGAAUCAAGAGCUCUCUGAACAAGUAGUCAGACAAAAACAACAGCAACAAAAGAAAAAGAGAAGCACCAGUGGUUGCUGUAGCAACAGAGGUGGCAAGAAGUCAAAAAGGACAGCAUCA